AUGUUUAGCGCCCCCGAGACCACAAUUGCAAAGAUGGCCCAACUCCAUGCACAGAUGGCAGAGGCCAAGUGUCAGCUCAAGGCGGAGCAAAAAAGGGCAGAGGAGGAAGCAAAACAGGCAGUAGAAGCCCAGAGGGUCAAACAGCAAAAACAGCGGGUUGAGAGAGAGGAGGAGGAGAAGGAGAAAACAGAGGCGGCAUGCACUUUGCACAACAUGUUUAGGCCAAACAUUGCAAUGGUCUUUGGAGUCACUGUACCUUACUGA